CCACAUUUCACCGCUGAAGUUUCGAGCAGGAAACGUUAUCUGUGUUGUGAGGCGGCUGAUGAAGAAAGCAUGGCCCUUAACGCAGAUGAUGAAGACUUUGAAUGGGAGCCUCCCUCUGAAGCAGAGAUGAAGGUGAUUCAGGCUCGCCGGGAGCGGCAGGAUAAGAUCAGCAAGCUGAUGGGAGACUAUCUGCUGAAGGGGUACAAGAUGCUGGGCGAGUGCUGUGAGCUGUGCGGGACGAUUCUGCUGCAAGAUAAGCAGAAGAAAAAUUACUGUGUUGCUUGUCAAGAGCUGGACUCCGAUGUUGACAAGGACAACCCAGCUUUAAAUGCUCAAGCAGCCUUGUCACAGGUACGAGAGCGCCAGCUUGCCACUCAGCCUGUUCCCGAAUCUAACGGAGCCUCCUCCAGUGAACCCCCUCUCUCCAUCACUGGCCAGCCCAGGCCGGAGCACUGUGAGGGGGCUGCGUCUGGACUCAGAGGCCCCCCUCCAACUGUACAGCCAACCCCUCUUUCCAUCCCCACCCCUGCCUCCAACUUCUUGCCGCCAUCCAACCCGCCUGUCCAGACGACACCUCCUGUAGGGUCUUCGGGCAGCUCACUCCAUCACCACCCAGCCCUGUCCAGUGCAGAAGAGGCUGUGCUUCACAAGCUCAGAUGGGCCACGCAGGAGCUCCAGCACGCCGCAUCAGUGGAGGCCAGCAUUCAGCUCUGCAAUCUGAUCCGAGGCUGUGCCGAGUCCCUGAGGAGCCUGAAAGAACUGCAGCUCUCAUAAGACUGAACUACAGACAGGGCUGUAACAACACACACACACACACACAUGUAAGGAAAUAUGAAAAGCACUAAUAUAUAUAUAUAGUAACAUACUCAAGCAGAUUGUUUUGGGUUGUGUUUAUGUUGGAUUUAAAGCAGCUGAGUACGUGACUGUGUUGUGUGUUGAAAUACAUCGCUUGAGCUGCAAA